ACUACAACUUUGUGGUUGUGUGUGUAAACCAAGUUUGAUUGCGUCUUUCUGUUGUGAUGCAACCUGUCUUGUUUGACUGAAGAAACUUGCUCUACCGAAAUCAAGUUUUAACAUCAAAUAUAUGUUUGUGCAACGUUUAUUUUUAUUUCAUUUUUACUGACUUCGUUUAUAAAAGAAGUAUCAUUAGUAAUGGCUGCUCUCUUCGCUUGUACCAAGUGCAAUAGCCGUCAUCCUUUCGAAGAAUUAUCUCAAGGUCAACAACUUUGCAAAGAUUGUCGUGGAGCAUUUCCACUUGUUAAAUGUACCUAUUGUAGAACUGAAUUUCAGGAGAUCUCUAAAGGAAGUACUGCCUCUGUUUGCAAAAAGUGUGAAGUGAAUGUCAAACUUUAUGGCAAACCUACUGCAUGUGAAUAUUGCAACAUAAUAGCAGCAUUCAUUGGUUCAAAAUGUCAGAGGUGCACUAAUUCAGAGAAACGUUAUGGACCACCGGUAACUUGUGAGCAGUGCAAGCAGAGAUGUGCAUUUGAUAGAAAAGAUGAUAGUCGUAAAAAG